AAUUGCGGACAGAACAAACUGAUGGAUGAGCUCAGGCCCAAUCUUGGACUCCUUGGGGUCGGCCUUGUUGAAAAUGACACUUUUCACCUGAAUCACAAUCAAGAGAAGAGGAAGUGCAGCAGCACCAGUUCAAACGAGCAGGACUUUGGACUUUACGGUGUUCAUCAGGGAUUGGAAGCAAGUCCUCCGACGCCCGCCGCGACGCCUGGUAGAAACAGCGUUGGCGCUACUACAACUGUUGGUGCUGAAGGAGCUUUCAAAAAAUUGAAACCAGAACCAUGCGCAGCUAGUCCACAUAUUGGUCACACACCAACCACUGCCAGCUGUCCAACCCCUGCGCGACGACGACACAGGACUACCUUUACCCAGGAACAGCUAGCGGAAUUGGAGUCUGCCUUUGCGAAGUCUCAUUAUCCUGACAUAUACUGCAGAGAAGAACUGGCUAGAAGCACUAAAUUGAACGAGGCUAGGAUUCAGGUCUGGUUCCAAAACAGAAGAGCAAAGUACCGAAAGCAGGAGAAGCAAUUGCAGAAAGCACUGGCGCCAAUUCCAGCCUGUCAGGGCGCCAUGAUGAGAAACAUUUACCCUGGUGCCGGAAGAGGUUACCAACCCUAUCCACACCCCCACAACAGCAUAAAUGGAAUAAAUCGUUAUCCCCAGAUGGGAACGACGUCAUAUCCUAGUAUGACCCAACCAUUCUCCAUGUCACAUUCCGCGUCGAAUAUGUCUGCCGUGACUGGCAUGCGACAAGAUGCAAUGGGAAUGACAGCCGAGGACGAAUGGUACAACAAGAGCAUCUCGGCCCUCAGAAUGAAUACGGCCCACCAUCCUAAUCUUGCGGCACCGAUGCUCCAGUAUCAAACAUAAUUUUAGAGGACCACCCGCGGAAUUCAAGACUAUUAUUCGAGAGGUCACGGGAAUGAUUGGGACUCUUACGUUUCGACCGUUCAAAACCAUCGAACUUUGUCCCACGUUCGAUCCUCGACUGUAAUCGUGGGGUAUUCCCCGUAAAGAUGUUACGGGGAUUCCCCGUUGUCGGGGGAUAAUCAUGUGAGCAGAGGACACCAGUGGGAGCUAAGAUUAAGGAGAGCUGGUCUUGAACGGACUUAUCGCGUUGUGUUGCUAGUCGAAAUCUAGUCGCAAUUAGUUUAUUUUGUAUUUAUCGGGAAUUCAUUGAAAUUUGAUAUUUUUAUUAUAAUGGUUACAGUAUGAUUUAUUAUCUCGGAUAAGAAAAUAAUUACGUAGAUGCGUCUACAUGUCCAAGAAAGUAUACAUAAUAUAUAUGAUGAAAGAUACACAGAACUACAUUGACACAUUAAUUCAUUACAACGGAACGUUCCAAUUGGUGGGAUUUAAAUUUUCACAAAUUAAAGCACAAACAAGUAUACAGUCUGUAGCAAAAUUUUAUCCUUGAGCAUGUAGAUGAGGUAUCUCUUGGAACGUCCUGUGUUAAAAUAAAGACACGUGCCGAGGAUUAUAAUAUAGAAUACGUAAAUCCCGUAAUGGGAUUGCAAAAAAUAAGUCAUACUCGAAAUUUCACACAGAAACGUACACGCGCGGAUUUUCGUUAGUUUCUUAACAACGAUUCUCGAAGGCACUUUUGUUAAAAUCUGUAAAUAAAACGACAGGGAUAAGCGGGGCCGUAAGUGUAAUCGGCAAGAAAUAUUCUAGCGUAACGCGAUUUUUCAAUGUCCUUUUAACGUGUAAGCCAAUUACCCAAUUAAAUAUUAGGCAUUGAUUUUUGUGCUUCUGUUGUUAUUUAAGAAUUUACAAUGACUACGGGACAUCUGGUGGGUGUCUUGCGUUCAAAAAAUUUGAAUGGCGCCAGGUAUUUUCUCAGUGCUGAAUUGUUUUCAGCGAAUCGCAAAAACCUGACGCAAAUUCAUUCCUUGAUCCUUCAAGUCUGUCCAGUCAGCAAUUGUCUAUAUUGGUGUCAUUUUUCGAUAACUGUCUAAUCAAUAUAUCAACUCGUGGGGCGGGGAAGCUGCGCGAGGGGGCUGCAUUAUUUUAUGUAGAUUCACCCCGAUUACUCUGGGGCGAAGAAGAACGGGAAUUGAAUAAAGUGAGGAAUGAGAAUGAGAAUGAAUUAUCGCUCGCGGGAUCCCACGCGAAAUGUUCCUAUAAAAGUUUGUAACAUAUCACACACUCGUGUGUACACCUUCACAAUGGGGACAUGCACACGUUCGUACACCCACGCACACAACCCCUAUAUUUAAGAGACACAGAAACGCCACAUGAACACAAACAAAAAAAGACAAAAGUAUCACUAUGAGAAAUUCAAGAGAAAACUAAUGAAAGAGAGAAAAUUAAAUUCCAAUGGAAAUGCAUUCCGGACGAGCGUAAUAUAGUUUUAAGCAAGGGUCACGUAUUGUACGUAUGUGUUGUACAUAGCCUAAAUAAAAAUGACAUUUAAAAGUACCGUA